UCAUUUGUUGAAGAAUUUGCGUCUAAAACCCGUAUUCUUGCAAAUACCGGUGUUGAGAUAUUACAGCUUGUUGAGAAGGCUCCACAAGCUCUAUUUGGCAAUGAAAACUUUAUGAAGAUGCGAUCUGCCGCACAGAAAUUUCUUGGUGUUUCAAGUGACGAUUCGAAGCGGAAGACCAAAAUUAAUUCCAGCCAGCACACAAAGACGCAAGAAGGCCCAUCCGACGAGAAUGUUGUUGCUACGAACGUCGCCGUUGAUGAUGUUGAUGAUGUGGGUGUCGUUGGUGUACGAGGUGAUGUUGUUGCCGAGCAGACUGAUGGUGUUGGGAGUGGACGUGCGAAUAAGAUUGACGUAACCCAAGUUUGCACACUAUGCUAUUUUGUGUGUUCUCUGUCAAUGCAUCACGCACAAUGCAUCACGCACGAUGAUUUAGGUGUUGGUGUCGGAUGCGAUGAAGGAUUGGCUGGCAAUACGAGGCCUAAGCGGCAAACCAAUGCGACUAGUGCAAUCAAGUCGCCGUAUAAGGAGCGGAUAAUUGAUGUGCACACGAAACUAGAUGCACACGAGAAGAUGGUAGCCAACUGGGUUAUGAAGAAUCACCUGACCUGC